AUGGCUGUUCUUCAGAAGGAAAUGAAGCUGUUUGGCAAAUGGCAGUCAGAUAACAUUAGCCUACCAGAAUUCGGUUUGGUCGAUCACAUCCAGAUCAAAGCACAGCACCCCCUUUUGCCACACACUGCCGGGCGUUACCAGGUCAAGCGUUUCCGCAAAUCGCUUUGCCCGAUUGUUGAGCGUGUAUGCAACUCGCUGAUGAUGCACGGACGAAACAACGGCAAGAAAAUCAAGGCCUUGAACAUUCUGAAACACACGUUCGAAAUUAUUCAUAUCCUUACCAACGAAAAUCCCAUCCAAGUACUUGUCAAUGCCAUCAUCAAUAGUGGUGCUCGCGAAGACUCCACCCGUAUCGGACGUGGCGGUACAGUGCGUCGCCAAGCCGUCGAUGUCUCCCCACUUCGACGUGUUAAUCAGGCGAUCCACCUUCUCUGCACCGGUGCUCGCGAAGCUGCUUUCCGUAACGUUAAGACCAUUUCUGAAUGCCUGGCUGAUGAGCUCAUCAAUGCCUCCAAGGGCAGUUCAAAUUCUUAUGCCAUCAAGAAAAAGGAUGAGCUGGAACGUGUUGCAAAGUCUAACCGAUAA